GCAUCUGAACAGUACCUCUCUUCUUUGGAGUCAAGACCUUGGAAUAAUGAGUGGUUUCAAUUAUCACAGACUUCAAAGGUCAGGGAGGGUCUAGUCUCACAUGGCCAGACCUUCCUCCACUGUGCUGUGGGGCUAAGGUCUGGAUGGAGCCACGGUGAAUCCGGCGGAGUUUAGAACGCCAACACAAAGAAAGCGCAAGAUGACAGACAUCCGGGCUGAAAAGAGGGACAUCUGGCGGGAUUUCCGGCGGCACCAGAGCAAUCCCGGAAGUGGAACGUGGUGGAUACAGACGAGGAGCGUUAGAUAAAUGCAUGAAGUCGUCUUCCUGUCUGCUCAGGUAGCGAUCACAGCUGACAAUGCAAGGCGGGUGCAGCUGUUUGAAGAUGACCAACCCGACUGUGCACUGCUGGCGCUUUACUCUCCAGAUGAUCCAACACAAGUGGUGGCUUUAUACCUGCAUGAGAAGUGGUGGUGUGUGGAGGACGUCUUACGAACGUCCAGCAAGUCCAGAAGUGGCUUAAUUACGGUGCAGUCGCUCACGGAGAGGGUGAUUGUGUUCCUGCUCAGUCAGGUGGUGGAGAGGUCCUCGCAGGAGAAGGCGUUGUUCUCCCUGCACCCCCGCACAGAGAGCUGCAAACUGCUGUGGAGGGACAGCCAGGCGGUCGGCUUCUACACCGUCAAACACAAAGGCAGCCUGUGUGACAGCUGGAGCAGUUGCUGCUACCUGCUGCCUGCUCUGGACACGGUGCUGGUGAGGAGGAGCUGGAGGAGGAGAGGCUUCGGGCUUCUGAUGCUGGAAGAUUACUGCUCCUCGUUCUACACAGAGACAUGUCUAGGAGUCAGCUCUCCAUUAUCACCCAGCAUGGCAGCAGUGUGCAGGAGCUUUCUGCAGCAGCACGAGGAACAUCUGGAGCAGCUGUAUGAGGUGGAGGCUCCAGGGGACUGGACUCAGCGACGAAACAUCUGGCUCAGCAUCCAGCUAGGCCGCUACUCCUUCGGCAAUAAUGAGGAGAACAGUCCAACAUCAGGAGAAACGCAGAGGAAUAAAGGAGAUGACUCCUCUCAGAAGACCUAGAGUCGUCCUGGGGACCUGACCUCAGCGAGCACCUGUAAUGUGAACGUUCCACUGGUAAUAGACUCUGCCGCAAAACAAAUGAAACCCUGUGAUCCAAGCCGAGGAGAAGCUCCCCGAGCAGCGAGAUCUCUGGAACAGGAUGUCCUGCAGCCCACACUCUGGAGCUCCCAGCAGACCACCACAGGCCCUAAACACAAAACAAGCCCUGAAACCCAAGCCCUCUCUAUCUGCAGAGCCUCGUGCAGAGAAAACACAACCAAGAGCCGAACGGGUCAGAAGGACACGAGGAAACACACACAGCACCAACUGUCCAUACUGAUUAAGUGAAGGCUCUGUCCCAGUGGUUCACAAGCCUUUUUAAAAUAAUGUACCCCCUUUGAAUUGUUUUUUUAACACUUUUGUUGUCUUCCCGUAGACC